AUGCAAUCAAGUGCAUCUGACUCUACAUAUAUCGUCCAGAUUCAACUGGCCGCGAACAUUAGCUCCGAUUCUGAAAAAGCUCAAGUGCUCAAGAAAAUCUUGACUAAUCAACAGUUAUCAGACAAUGUGAUUGCUGCCAUUGCGGAAUGCGCUGCCACCAUGUACUCUGCUAAAGAUCGCUGUGAAGUUCUACAGAUUAUUGCUAAGCGUCCUGACCUCUCAAUAGCACAAUUUCGAGUGAGUGUCGAAGCAAUUGAUGGUAUAAGUGCCGACAAUUAUAAAGGUGCUUGUAUCAAAGCUUUCCUCGUACAUGAACAGUUAACUGCUCAGAACCUGGAUGUAAUACUUUCGGCUGCUGGUACAAUGCAUUCUAGUGGUGAUAUGCAAGGUGUUUUCUUGGAGUUGAUCCAAAAUCGGUAUUUGAACGCACAACAUCUGGCAUCGGUUCUGUAUGGAAUAGCAGAGAUAAGCAAUGAUGCACACAAGAGUUUUGUGUUGUGUCAGCUAGCUCCACGGUUGCCGAAGAGUGACAAAAAUGUACGAGAAGCAUAUUUCGAAGCAGCUGACUCGAUAUACUCAGCUAAGGAAAAAGCAGCAGCAUCGAUGGCGUUUGAGCCCGGAAAAUUACCAGCAGGCACGCCGUCAAGCGCAUCUGAUUCUACUUACAUCGUUCAGAUUCAACUGGCCACGAACAUUAGCUCCGAUUCUGAAAAAGCUCAAGUGCUCAAAAAAAUCUUGACUAAUCAACAGCUAUCAGACAAUGUGAUCGUUGCCAUUGCAGAGUGCGCUGCCACCAUGUACUCUGCUAAAGAUCGCUGUGAAGUUCUACAGAUUAUUGCUAAGCGUCCUGACCUCUCAAUAGCACAAUUUCGAGUGAGUGUCGAAGCAAUUGAUGGUAUAAGUG